AUGCUUAAACCUGUAAAAACAGAAAAUUGGAACACAGAGAUGAAAUCCAGACAGAUGGAGGCCUCUGAAGCUGCACUGGUUCCACUGUUUGGGGGCAAACAAAGAUGCAACAUCACUUUCAUCGUGGGGAGCUCAGAGGACAUGAGAGCUGUUCUGGGAUCAGUGAAACGGCUUCUGAUCCAGGCGCUGCUGACGAAGGCUUCACACAGAGACUCUCUAUUCAACAUCAUGACGUACUCAGGAGAGCUGACCUGUUUGUCCCACCACAUGCUCCCCUGUGCUCCUGACUCAGUAUACAUAGCUCUGUCCUGGAUUCACUCCAUCACCUGCAGCCCUGGCAGAGACCUCCUGGCGGCCCUGUGUGUUGCCUUCAGUGACCCGGCCUGUCACGCCAUCCACCUGCUCUGCACAGGGCUCCCCGACCAGCCUGAGGCCGUGCUGAGAGCUCUGCCCGCCCUGGCAGCUGGUCGACCUGUAAACAUCUUCUACCUGAAGGACUCAGGUGCUCAGGUGGACAGGAACUCACUAGACUACCUGCAGUGUCUGACAGAGGCCACCAGAGGGAGCUGUUAUGUGAUUCCAUUCGGUUUGAAUGGAGUGUUUGAGAAGGCAGUUCCUCUGCAUGUUGUGGAGAAUCAGUCAUCAGCGCCAACAGACUCUCCAGUGAAGUGUUUCUGUCUGACCUCUUCAGUCUUCUUCCAACACAACACGUCAUCACCUGUGCUCAGGUGCAGUCUGGGUAAUCCUCUCCAGCCAUGUUCCUCCUUCUUGCAGCCCGGUCUAACCCUGAGCGGUCAGCAGUUUUACCCAGGAUGCAGAGUUCUGGCCCGGAGGGAGAUGGACGGUCUUUAUUACUUGGGCGCUUUGAUACAGCAGGUGCAGGGCUGCGCUGGAGUUUGGAUUGUUGAGUUUGACCACCCAGGAAGCCCCGGUUUGGGGUUCGUCCCCUCCCAGAGACAGCUGGCCUGCUCCCUCGACAUGGUGACCCACACCAGAGCUCUCACAAGCUGUCUGGUACCCGGUGAUCCUGUCCUGUCACCAUGGGAACCAGAUCUGAUACGACACGGGCCGGGGAGACUGAUGGCCGCCACAGAGCGCAGAGAUGUUUUAGGAGGUUUGGGAUAA